AUGCUGGGGCUAAGUGCCGUCGUCGCCAUUGCCGCUUCUGGCGCGGCCAUCUUCGUUGUCAUUUCGGUGGUCAGUAUAGUCGUCUGGGUCAGAUAUCGCAAAGAGCGUCAUGCAUUGGCGUUGCUUAGCUUCAAGCAGGGGCAAUAUGCAAAGGGACUGCAGUCGUUCCCAGUGGAUACUUUGACGGAGUUGAGCCAGGCGGAGGGAAGUGCUUUGAGGACGCAUGGUCAGCUUCCAUAUGGCAAGCCAAGUGAAUGGGGGCAAUUAACCUCGCGAGAGAGUUUGCUUCGUCCGAAGAACAGCUCUGAAUCUUCGAUCUCCCUCACGGAGAAAGCUCGUUCCCUCCGCAACUCGCUUUCUCGUUCUCGAUCGAAACGUCUGUCAAAGUCUUCCCACAAACCUUCCAGCAGAGAGAACCCCCGGCAAACACCAGAUCCCAACGAAGAAGAUACUGGCUUCCAUCUCGGGAUGCGGCCAAUCUCUCCCGGAUGGCCGUUCCCAUGGCCAAAGGAGCGAUCAGGGCUCUUCCCUGUGUUGGAAGAUCAUGAUUCUUCUCACGCCUUCGAUCCACCACCCAUGAUCUUCGAUGAAUCUCCCCAGCGCCUGCGAGGUGGAAGCAUCACCAGUCAAACCGCGGGUAUGGUGCCACAUCACUCUAUUCCUCCCCCACCACCAACAGCAUAUCCGCCAGAUAGAUUCAGUUAUGCUCGCAACGAUUCAGUCUCGCGCAUGUCUUCCAUGAGUUUGGAUACUACAAACAGCUCAAUUUUGGACGACGGCAGAAAUGGACCCAGGUCGGCAGAUACUGAUUUAACUUCACCUAUCUUCCCAUCAGGUGGCACAUUCGUUCCCUUCAGUGCAGCUGAUGUAGGGGUUAAGGAUGGCCGCAGGAGUUUCAUCGCGACAAAUACCUCCAUCCCACCCAUGCAUAACUUCCCUGUGCGUUCUUCUUCAACUACCGAAACUCGUCAUAAGUCUGCGUCCAUGUCACCCCGGCGCAGUAUGACAACCAUUCGGCAUUCAGAUGCUUCUGGGAAUCGGUUCAGUGGAGCUCUCCGUCGAACUGACUCACUCUCGUCGUCCAAUCCUCCGUCGAGACAUUCAUCUCUACGAUCUGGCACUCCAGUUGGCAACUCAGGUUAUCACAACUCUACAAACAGCUGGCGGUUCUCUGGCUCGCAGAUGGCUUUCGUGCCGCACUUCAGCCAGUUCCAGAACAAUCCUGACUACGAACAUGAGCAGAUGGAGAACGACCCCUUCUAUGUUGGCUCCCCUGGUGGCGGAACUCUGUUCCACCCUGUUGGCUCACCAAGCAACGCAUCUAAUAACCACAUGCCACCAAGCCCAAUGCAACGUUCAAGUCUCUCCCUCAAGGCCCCUCUACCCUCGGCACUGAAGGGAGGAAACUCACAACGCAAGGGUCACCGUCGUCAAAACUGUACCGUGGAAGAAGAGCCUGAGGACUUCGACAAGAUGGAGGAGCUGGAUCUCCGAGAAAGUACAAUUAAUAGCCCGGCGAAGCCAUUGCCCUCAUUGCCGCCAUCUUCAAUGUCGUCUCCUGCUGGUUCACGACGCAGCAAGUACGGCAGCAGACGAGGCAAGCCAGCACUUGGCUCCCUUGGACCCCUGGCUGAGGAGCCGCAGCUUACAAGUAUCAAGACCAAUGUCGACAACAGUCCUGAUAACAAGAGAAAACAUGACCCACUCUUGUCCACUGGAAACAAGCACCUGGGUCAGAACGACCGCUCUCUUCCCGACAUAUUCACCUCCAUUUCCCCUUCUGACGGCAUUUGCCUAUCCCACACCCCCUCUCCUGAACGAGUACCACCGAUUUGGGAAGUUCCCGAAGUUCCUACGCCGUCAUAUGAGAACUCCUCCCCAGGCACCGGAAGCCCUCGACGCUCCGCGGUCAAGGGACCACGGCACCAACCUCAGCCUCGCGUCACAGCAGCCCGCAGUCAAUCUACACGUGUAUCAUCAAGGUCUUCUGACCACAUGACACCAAGUCCUCUCGAAUCACCCAGCCGUCUACCUCUUGUCACGAGCAUCACCGGUACAGAGGGCAGCGACUGGCGUCGAUCCACAGAGUCCCUGCAGCGAACACGAACCGACGCAACGGACCGUACAUACCGCCGAAAUCGUGAUUCAACGGGCAGCAUGGAGGCUAGACUAGGGCCAAUUGGUGCUUCCUCGCCAUUGUAUGGUACACGCCGGCAAUCCAUAGUCCAGGACCGUGUUCAUAUCUUCGAGGACGCCAACCGCACCGAGUCGCCGUACAAAUCACCGUUCAAAUCGUCUGAUGUCCAGCCCAUUGGCACUCUCACCACCCCGGAAUCCUCUCCGACCCGGGACAAGAACAGCAUUCCCCGUUCUAUGCCCAGUAAUCUACCUUACCCGUCUGGAGUAUCUGGUCAACGCGUACCACCUACCCCUACUUCUGCUCGUCGGGGUAUGACUACCCCGACGGGCAAGGGUCUUGGUCUUGGUCUUGGAACUGCUACCCCAGCCAGUUUGUAUGAUGGUGACGGGUUCUUGCGUGAAUAA